GCGGAGAGAGGAGAGAGGAGAGGAACAUGAAGACAUGUGAGCCAAGGUAAAUCUAAUUGGUUAAGGUUGUUUGUGGACUCCAUUUGGUUGUUGUGUUUGGUUGAGUGUAUUUAAUUGAAAAAUUAAAUGAAUUAAUGAAGUGGAGAAGAAAUAUAUUAAAAAAAGAAAUGUUAGUAUAGGAAAUUCAAAGACAAAUGGGUAAUGAGAACAGAGAUGGGACAAGAAGAAUGAAAAUUUUUCCAGUAUUUGGAGUUAAAACCCCCCUGACAAGCGAUAGCAAUUAAAGGCGUGGUCCGCGUGGAAAACAAGUCACUGAUCACUACCUUAAGCAACUCUCUCAAUGCAAAAAGUAAAAAAAAACAAAUUUGCUUUUCUUUAAUACUGAAAUUCAUGAUAAUUAAAUAUCCAUAACUCCCAAUUAUUUACAAACUCUCCAUGCUUCAUUAAGUUAAUCUAAACUAACUUGAUGGUCUCAGUCACAUCAUCUCUUAGUAAUUAAGCUCACAUCCAUAAGUUCGUCUUUAAUCAUGAUCAAGCAAUCAUACAACUCGUCUUUAAUCAUGAUCGAUCAAUCAUACAAACUUGUACAAAACAGAGUCAAUUGUCAAAAGUCACUUUCAAAAGAGUUAAGCAACAAUUGAAGACAUGUCAAACCAAGAAGAUACGAACAAACUCACCAAGACUAGUAACUGAGCAAUACAGACAUUAGUGGUUCCACCACCAACAAGGAGCAGCUACGGUACGAGUGUUUUAACUGUCUUUUAUUCACCGCUCAACAAGAAAACCAGACUAGUCUACAAACCGGUUAGCAUGAAUGGAAAUUACAUCAAUUGAUUUUGGUUCCGGUUCGAUUUUACUAAACCGGAAAUCAUAUAUUCAUCAUACCGAGCGAAACGGAGUGAUGUGAAACGGCGAUGAUCAGGAAGCAAACCAACGACCGAACCGCUACUCGUCACCGUCCAAAACUAUGGCAGAACUGCACAAAUCUCCGACCUUUGAAGCAAAUUCACGCUUUCAUGAUCCUUAACGGACUCAUGUCCGAUCUCUCCAUUGUCGGAGAGCUAAUCUACUCAGCCUCCUUGUCUGUCCCCGGCGCGCUUACGUAUGCACACAAGCUGUUCGACGUAAUUCCAAAACUAGACGUAUCCAUAUGCAACCACGUGCUGCGCGGCUCUUCUCAGAGCAUGAAACCAGCAAAGACUGUCUCUUUGUAUAAAGAGAUGGAGAAACGUGGCGUGAGGCCUGAUAGGUACACGUUCACGUUCGUUCUCAAGGCCUGCUCGAGGCUUGAGUGGAGGAGUAACGGUUUUGCGUUUCAUGGGAAAGUAAUGAGACAUGGGUUUGCUUCCAACGAGUAUGUCAAGAACGCUUUGAUUCUUUUUCACGCUAACUGCGGAGAUUUGGGGAUUGCGAGCGAGCUUUUUGAUGACUCUGCUAAAGCUCAUAAGGUUGCUUGGUCUUCUAUGACCUCUGGGUAUGCUAAGAGAGGGAAGAUAGAUGAGGCUAUUAAGGUUUUCGACGAAAUGCCGGAGAAGGAUCAGGUUGCUUGGAACGUGAUGAUUACUGGUUGUUUGAAGUGUAGGGAGAUGGAUAGAGCGAGAGAGCUUUUCGAUAGGUUUAAGGAGAAAGAUGUUGUGACGUGGAACGCAAUGAUAUCAGGUUAUGUGAGUUGCGGGUGCCCUAAGGAGGCUUUGAGUAUAUUCAAGGAGAUGAGGGAUGCUGGUGAGCAUCCAGACGUUGUGACGGUGCUGAGUUUGUUGUCUGCUUGUGCGGACUUGGGAGACUCUGAGACCGGGAAGAGAAUCCAUCUCUACGUCUUGGAAACGGCUUCGGUUUCGAGGUCCAUGUAUAUAGGCACUCCCGUUUGGAAUGCUUUGAUCGACAUGUAUGCAAAGUGCGGAAGCAUAGACAGCGCGAUCCAAGUGUUCAGAGCGAUGAAAGAGCGAGACUUGUCGUCUUGGAACACUUUGAUCGUUGGUUUGGCUCUGCAUCACGCAGAGGGAUCGAUCGAAAUGUUUGAAGAGAUGCAGAGGUUGAAAGUGUGGCCGAACGAGGUGACGUUCAUCGGAGUUAUAUUAGCUUGCAGCCACUCUGGGAGAGUUGAUGAAGGGCGUCAGUAUUUUCGACUUAUGAAGGAUGUGUACAAGAUUGAACCGAACAUAAAGCAUUAUGGGUGUAUGGUAGAUAUGUUGGGGCGAGCGGGGCUGUUAGAGGAGGCGUUCAUGUUUGUUGAGUCGAUGGAGAUUGAGCCUAACGCUAUUGUGUGGAGAACUCUUUUGGGUGCUUGUAGGAUUUAUGGGAAUGUGGAGUUAGGGAAGUAUGCAAAUGAGAAACUGCUCAGUAUGAGAAAAGGGGAGAGUGGUGACUAUAUGUUGCUCUCAAAUAUAUAUGCUUCCACAGGUGAGUGGGAGAGAGUGCAGAAAGUAAGGAAGAUGUUUGAUGAUACAGGAGUGAAAAAACCGAGUGGAUUCAGUUUGGUCGAGGAGGAUGAUGAUAAAUUGAUGAUGAAAUAUCUACUCUCAUCAUAAAAAAUAGGUGUUGUUCUUGUCAUCAUCAUCUAUUAUGUUGAUUUCAUGAUUCUGGAUUUAGCAUAGAUUAUAUAAUGUUAAAAAGGAGAAUUUGAUA